AUGGCAGGCAUAGGUCGCGCCAUUAGGGUUUUCGCAUGGCUCCUUGCAGCAGUAGCGUUGCUCUUCUCGGGUACGGCGAGGGCGCUACUGGAUCACGAAGACUACGAGCCUCGUCGUCAUCGGUCCUACCCACUCGGGACGGUGAUCGCCGUCGACCUGGGCAACACCAACUCCUGCGUCGCCGGCUACGGCCCCGGCGGCCACGCCGAGUCCAUGUUCCAUCGUUGCAUCCCCUCCUGGAUCGCCUUCCCCGACGACGGCGGGGUACUAGUCGGCGACGACGCCAGGAACUACGCCGCUGUCAACCCCCAAGCCGCCUUCUCCGGCUUCAAGCGCCUCCUCGGCCAGAGGACGAAUCCUUUUUUUUUUCUUCCGAUCCCAAGCAGAGUGAGCAGGCUGUACGAAGGAGGGUUCGUUCAGAGAGUCAUCGAGAAUCUGCCCUACAAGGUUGUGGAGAAGGACGUGAGACCUCACAUCCAGAUGGAGACCAAGGACGGGGUGGUCAGGCAUCUCAGCAUCGAGGCGAUGACGGCCACGGUGUUCGCCAAGCUCAAGGACAUGGCGGAGGCGCACCUCGGCCGCAAGGUCCAGCACGCCGUGUUCACUCUUCCGCAGCAUUACUGCACUGAGGCGGCGAGGGACGCGGUGCUGGACACCGGCAAUUACGCCGGCCUGCACGCCGUGAGGAUACUCGACGAGCCCAUCGCGGCCGCCGUCGCCUACGGCCUCCACGGGAAGCUGCGCGACGAGGGGAACGUCCUCGUCCUGCACGUCGGCGGUGGCACGGCCGAAGCUAGCGUGCUGACGUUCGCGGAUGGGGUCUUUGAGUUCUUGGGAGCGCACCUCGAGCCUUUCUUUGGAGGAGAUGACUUUGAUCGGAGGGUCAUGGAUCACUUCAUCGGAUUGGUCAGGGACAAGUAUGGACGGGACAUCAGCAACGACAGAGCUGCUCUCAGGAAGCUCAGGGCAGCAUGUGAAGACGCCAAGAAGACAUUGAGCGGUGAGGACCUUGCACUCGUGAACGUCGAAUCGCUUGUUGAUGGAGUGGAUUUGUCGGAGCCGCUGACACGGGCCAAGUUUGAGGAACUGAACCAUGAUCUGUUCCCCAAAGUCAUCGAGCUGGUGGAUACGGCCAUGUCGCAAGCUGAGCUAGGGAAGGAGAAGAGGGAAUUGAUCGAUGAAGUCAUUCUUAUUGGUGGAAGCACCAUGAUCCCAAAGGUUAGAGAGCUCAUCAAAGACUACUUCGAGGGGAAGAAGGAGCUGAAUACAAAGCUGAAACCCGACGAAGCGGUUGCUUUUGGAGCCACUCUUCUUAGCCAUCCUUCUGCAAGUGGUUAUCCCUGUAUGGGAGUCAACAACCGCCAUCAGAUUGGGGGGGCAUCAGAUAACUGUUAUGCCUAUGGCUACUAA